AUGGGCGGCAACGCAAGUAAAGUCACCGCCCAGGACAAGGCAAUCCUCGACCUCAAGCUCCAACGCGACAAGCUCCACCAGUACCAGCGCCGCAUCACGGUCCUGACGGACAAGGAGACGGCCGUCGCGAAGCAGAUGCUCGCAAAGGGCGACAAGCCGCGCGCCCUCCUCGCCCUCCGCCGCAAAAAAUACCAAGAGUCUCUCCUGCAAAAGACGGACGCCCAGCUCGAGCAGCUCGAGAAGCUCACGUCGUCGGUUGAGUUCGCCAUGAUCCAAAAGGACGUCGUGUUCGGCCUGCAGCAGGGCACAAAGGUGCUCAAGGAGAUCCACUCCGAGAUGGGCGGCAUCGAGCACGUUGAGAAGCUCAUGGGCGAGACGGCCGACGCUAUUGCUUACCAAAAGGAGGUCAGCGACAUGCUCGGCGGCCGUAUAUCAGUCCAGGACGAAGAAGAAGUCGAAGACGAGCUCGCCGCCCUCGAGGCCAGCGUCGCCGCCGAAGACGCCAUCCGCAACCCGCCCAAGCAACACAAGCUCCCGACAGUGCCCGACACGGAACUACCGGUCCCGCAGGGCGAAGAGGAAGAGCCGGAGGCGCAGCAGCCGCUUCGGACGAGGCAGCCCAUGUUGGCUUCCUAA